AUGGGUGAUUACGAACGAUACCAACAAGGUCUCUACCUUUCCCCAAACCAGCAUGAUCUCCUGCUCGCCGCUCUAUCUUCCAAUAACCCCAGCCAAAAGCCUCACAGUGGUUCUCCCCAAAUCAAGUCCUCUCAGAGCCCCGACGAAAAUUCCUCAAACGGUCUCAGCGGCCCUCCCUCGGGCGGGUUUGACAAUCCUCAUGCCAACAAUUUCGGGUUUGGGGAUGACGAAAGCCCUUUCUUGGAUUUCACCCCGGACGUUGACUUCGAGUUCCCCGGUUCCGACCUGAUUGGUGACCUACCGGGAUCGGCCGACUAUGAUAUCGGCGGGAAGCGAAAGUCCCUCGACGGAAAGUCGGACAUAGAAGGGGAAGAAACCGGAAAGAAGCGCAGGGAAAGUGAGGCCAAGAAGCCUGGUAGGAAGCCACUGACUUCAGAGCCUACUACGAAGCGCAAGGCCCAAAACCGGGCUGCCCAGCGAGCCUUCCGCGAACGCAAGGAGAAGCACUUGAAGGAUCUGGAGGAUUCGGUGGAAAAGCUGCAGAAGACAUCGGAUAUGACAAACCAGGAGAAUGGCUUGCUGCGUGCUCAGGUCGAGCGCUUGCAGGUCGAGCUCCGUGAGUACCGAAAGCGCCUUUCCUGGAUGGCCUCGGGAUCAGGAAACGCCAUCUCGGCCAUGAGCUCGAAUUCCAUUCCGACUGCCCAUUCCAAGGGGGCUUAUGGCCUCCAAAACAAUGAGUUUCUCUUCGAUUUCCCCAAGUUCGGCGAUUUGCCUGGUGGUCAUCUCUUCAACGGAGCCAACAAAAACGACCAAUCCAAAUCCAAUGACAAGAUCCCUCAGGCACCUGGUGUCUUGGGUCGCGACAAUCUCAACAGUCCUUCGUCUCGAUCGAACUCUCUUGCGCAGUCGAACAAAUCGAAGUCCACCGGAACUUCCAACAGCGCUACUUCCGCCAAGGCACCUUACUCGGGCUUCAAAUCUUCCGCAAAUGAUAACUCUACUUCGGAGAAUUCUCCGUCGUCUUCGUCCGACUCGCACCAGAGCCAGAUGCUCUCGUCGAACGGGACUUCCCCAGAACCAAGUCUGAACUCACCUCCAGAUGGGCAGUACCGUGAGCUGAGACCAGGUGACUCUUGCGGCGGACAUGUCACCACCGAUGGCGAGAAAUCCUUCUGUGCACAACUUGGUAUGGCUUGCGGCAACAUCAGAAAUCCCGUCCCAGCGGUCCGGGAUAACAGAUCCAAAUCCCGGAGUGUUUCAAGCGGCCAGCCAACCCCAAUUGAUGGCCCAACCGAGGGCGGAGACUCUCAAGAUCUUGGUAUUGAUUGGUUGGCUCAUCAGAAUGGCGGCCAGUUUGAUCCAGUGCUCUUUGGUGACUGGCGAGAGCCCCAGGAUGCUGUGCUGUCUCAGGAUUUCGGCUCUUUCUUCAAUGAAGCAUUCCCUCUGCCGGACCUGGGUAGUCCCUCCCACAACUUGUCCGAGGUCGCCACAGACGCAGCUCCACCCAAGAAGAACCUCGUUGCCCAGAUUGAUAGCAAGCUCGAGGAGGAUGAGGUCGUUCCAGGCGAAGACCAGUCGCAGAUGCUGUCAUGCACGAAGAUCUGGGAUCGACUUCAAUCUAUGGAAAGAUUCCGCAACGGCGAGAUCGAUGUUGACAAUCUCUGCUCCGAGCUUCGCACGAAGGCACGAUGCUCUGAGGGUGGUGUAGUCGUGAACCAGAAUGACGUUGAUGACAUUAUGGGACGAGCCAAGUAG